AUGGCUAAGUCAGGAAUUGCUGUAGGUUUAAACAAAGGACACAAAGUUGCUUCAAAAGAAGUUGCUCCAAAAAUCUCAUAUAGAAAAGGUGCUUUAUCACAAAGAACUGUUUUUGUUAGAUCAAUUGUUAAAGAAGUUUCAGGUUUAGCUCCAUAUGAAAGAAGAUUAAUUGAAUUAAUUAGAAAUGCUGGUGAAAAAAGAGCUAAAAAAUUAGCUAAAAAAAGAUUAGGUACUCACAAAAGAGCUUUAAGAAAAGUUGAAGAAAUGAAUAGUAUAAUUGCUGAAUCAAGAAGACAUUAA